CACUUCCAAAUCAGGCAAGUUCAAGGGAGCAUGACCCAGUGAAUUGGAUUGGCUUGUGAGCUGUCACCUGUUUCCCUGUCUGUCUGGGACGCAGAGCAGACAGUUGGCACGAACUGUGGAAAGGACGAUUUCAGGUAAGAAUACGCAGUUAAACGUCUCAUGUCUUGGAUAAAAAGUCGGUACGUUCAAGGCAACGUGCAGAUUAAAUUGAGGAGCAGUAGGAACACAUAUCUAAGCAAUACGACUAUGAUAUUGUCAUUCAUUUUUUAAACCUAGCUAACAACUGGCUAUCGUAGACACCCUUGUGAACUUCAUAGCCAGCUAUCCGAAGGAGACAUCAGAUAAACGUUAACGGGUGUGCGCUUCAGUUGGUAGCUGUUAUCUUGGAAAUGACGUUCGACCCCUCAGAAACGAGCUCUUCUAAUCUCUCAUGGGGACAGUAACUACCAUGGACCCUGAAUCUGGCCGGCAACAUGGCGCCCCGCCCUCCCCCUCGCCGCCGGGGAACUUGGGUAAAGGCGGAGCUGCCCUGAGCUCGGGUCUAGGCGCAGUGCUGGGCCAUCGCGGGAAGCACUACGUCUGCGGUUCCUUCGCGGCCUUCACCAACAUCAUCAUCACCUUCCCGCUGCAGAAGGUUCUGUUUCGCCAGCAGCUCCAUGGCGUGCGAGCCACGGAGGCCGUGCGGCAGCUGCAGCGGGACGGCCUGCGCAACCUCUACCGCGGCCUGCUGCCCCCGCUCCUCCAGAAGACCACCACCGUGGCCAUCAUGUUUGGCCUGUACGAGGACUUCUCCCGGCUGCUGCUGCGUCGUGCGGCAGGCAGCGGCACGCCGGAGAUUGUCACCCGGAGCAUCUCGGCGGCACUUGCUGGCACGGCCGAGGCGGCACUGACGCCGUUCGAGCGCGUGCAGACGCUGCUGCAGGACCACCGGCACCACGGGCGCUUCAACAACACGGCGCACACCUUCCGGACGCUUCUGCGUGACUACGGGGUCAAGGAGUGCUACCGUGGCCUGGUCCCUGUGCUGCUCCGCAACGGCCCCAGUAACAUGCUCUUCUUCGGCCUACGCGGGCCCAUCAAGCAGGCGCUGCCCGAGGCGCGCUCCAGGACUGAGCACCUGGUCAACGACUUUGUGUGCGGCGGGGCGCUGGGCGCCGGUCUGGGCAUCAUGUUUUACCCACUGAACGUGGUGAAGUCGCGGGCACAGUCGCAGGUGGGUGGGGCGUUUGUGCCGUGCAGCCAGGUGCUGAUGACGGUGUGGCGAGAGAGGGGCGGGAGUGUGGCGAUGCUCUUCCGCGGGGCACACCUGAACUACCACCGCUCUCUGCUGUCCUGGGGCAUCAUCAACGCCACCUAUGAGCUGCUCCUCAAGGUCAUGUGACUUGGAGUAGUGGGCGAGGGAGGGGAAAGGGGGGGCAUGCCGACGGGUGUGCAGCCAGCAGAAGACUUGGACUUUUUAUUAUGGGUUCACUGAUUUGCCUAAACUGACCUUGAUCUGUACGUUGUAUGGAUGGAAACUGCCCAUUCAAUGAUGCCAAUUUAAAAUCCAUCCAGAUGAUUAUUUGAAAGCCGCAUAAAGAAUGCAGCUCAUGUUCUCAGGUACCCAAACUGGUACUGUGGGUUUGGGUCAGUGCCUGUUGUGUUGACUGAGAGAGGAAAGAUAAUGUUGUGCCACUGAGUUUUCCCUUAUGAUGCAAAGGGAGCUGUAUUGUCCUAACAAACAGAUUUAGAUGCACAAAUGGAGAUCUUUGGUGGGGACCAGUGUGGGACAAUGGUCCAUCUAAAUUGCACAUUUCCUAUCUUACUUGGUGUCUGUGUGUGUUUUAAGAACAAAAUAUCACGCAAUCACAUGAUGGUAGAUACAUAAUUACAUGAGGACCAGGAUUAAUGAAAAAUUAAAAGGUUCAUUAAAAAGAAAUAUUUUUUCCCAUGAAAAAAAAUCCAGCUGAUAUCAUUUCAAGUACUUGUGUGAAAGUUUUCAUGAAAAUGCUGAUUUGUUGUGUGUUAUGUGGUGAGGUGUUAAUGUCGCUGUAAGAGUCCAGUAAAACAUGAAAUUACUAAUUUCAAUAUGGCCUCGUCUUUUCAGAAAUGUCAACAGCUUUUGCAUGGACAAUCUUACUUCACUCUACACAUGCAUUAAAAUGAAUUGGAUAUCUGUAUGUUGACUUCUCUAUGCCUUAAUCCAGUAUGUUCAUGCACUGUCAAAGGAUUCUUCAGCUUCCUUAGAUGUAAUACAGCUUUAAUGUAGACAAUGUAAGUGCUUAAUGUUUUUAUUUACAUAUAUGGACAUCAUUUUGAUCUAGAUUAACAUCAGAUUAAAAUGUUUAUUAUAUUAUUUGAUAGACGCAUACACACAUUCACACACUAAUACCAGAAUAGUUCAUCAGAGAUGUAUCAGUUCUGAUCCGUAAAACAGCCGGUUAUCAUCUUCUACCCUCACUAAGCCUAUGAAAAAGCAAAGGAAGAGCAGGAUGCAUGAGAGUGACUCCGUAGAAGGACAUUAGUGCUUUAAGACUCCGGUUGUUUAGUAUUGGAUCCCCUCCAGCACAGUAGUGUGUCUACUGUCUUCACUGUACGGGCGGCUGGGCGCUUAGGCCCCUCCCAUUCUGGCACAGUCAUGGCCACAUGCUCUGCCGGCUCGCUGGUAGUAAUCUCAGCCGACAUAAUGGGCUCAAUAUUCAAGCUUGAGUAGAGACAUGCCACUGCUUUUUUUUUUUUCUUCUCCUUUUUUCCCCUAGUUCUGCCAGGAAGGAAGGAGGCUGUUAGGAGAACGGAUGGAGAGAGGGAGUGAGGCAGAGGGACGAGAAACAGAUCUGCCAGACGAGGCUGCAGUGGCACACGCAGAAUGGGAGCUUCACUAGGAGGCUGGCCCUGCCACCACUGUGUGCCCAGCGCUCUGUCACAUCACUGACUAAACUGAGCACGAGAGGACCCACAGGCUUUAUGAACCGCACAGCAAAAUUCACAAAAUAUGGUUUAAAAGCAAGUGAAGAUUAGGUUGAAAUGCAAGUGGCGCAGCUGGGAAUGGUCAGUACAAAUGUUAAUUGGUGGUGUGUGUAAUUAUGUGAGUGAACGCUCCCCAUGAUAUGUGGUCAGUGAAUGUGAGAGUGUCUAUCAUGCCUAUAAAUCAAAUGUUUCCCAAUACAUUCACUUCCACAGAAUCAACAUAUUUUUACGACAUAUUUUCAUGACUGAAAUAUGUAAGAUGCCUUUGUAUGAUUUAGAGCAAAAGGAAGUUGUGGUGACCCAAAUAAAAAGAAAUCUGACUGCAUCAUUUGACAUUUCCAUGGGUGAAGGGAUGUGCACUAGUUUCAUGCAUCUCUUGCAUUGUUUCAACCACUGACUGAGCGCUGCGAACCUAAAGUACAUUCCUGGUUUCCAAGCUUGUGAUUCACCUUUGUUUAGUGGAAGUCAUACAUCUUAAUGUAACGUGUAUCUAUGAGGCCUGCUUGUUUGAUGUAAUAAACACACUUGUAAGUCAACAGUGAAACAUUUGAAA